AUGAAAUUUUCCACUCGUUUCUUUAUUUCUUUAUCAUCUCUUGCCAAUAUUAUCAUUGCAGCUUCUGAAGAGUUCACUUUGAAGCUACAAGCUGAUGGGACUGCUUUAGCAGGUGAUAAUAUCCAUAUCAGUUCUGACAACGAGUUCUUUAUCAGCGAUACCGAUCAAACUGCAACUGGCCAAAUUGAAGAUGAUGGUACUUUGAAAAUCAAUGGUUACACUGUUGGUGUUGGUAAAAAUUAUUUGUCUUUGACUGCUGACUCUUCAAGUUUCAUGACUGCUGAGCCUUGGUCUAUUGUUGGUGGACAGUUGAAAUUAUAUGGUUCAAAUUUCCACGCUGUUCCUUCAGGACAGAACGGUAUUUAUGUCCUUGGUACCAUUAAUGCUGCUAGUGGUCGGUCUGAUGUCAUUAAUGUUGCCAUAGAAGCUCAAGGCUCAAAUGGGAAAAGUGUUGCUGACUAUGAUGCAUCUGUCAAAUCAUCAUCUGUCCAAUCGUCAUCAUCAUCAUCAACUGAAGCUUCAAUUACCCCAGUGUCAUCUGCUGAACAGACCACAACUAGCACCUCAUCAUCCAUUGUUGAGUCGACAAACAAGAAAGAAACAUCAUCAACUGUUGCAUCUUCAGUAAAAACCAGUGUUUUUUCAUCAGAACCAGAGCCAUCCUCCGAAGGUACGACUUCAGCAGUUCCAGAAUCAUCAUCUCAACUGCCAGCUUCGUCCUCCACUCAAGAGGAAGUGCCAAAAUCAUCUACUGCAGCAGCACCAUCCUCAACUGAUAUGUCUAGCUCAACCAUCAUUGACUCAAUCUCUUCAGCUAUUGAGUCAACUUCCUCAGCUGUUGGUUCAACGGGAUCACCAGCUAUUACAUCUUCUUCCGCCUCAGUUGCACGUUCAGCUACUUUCUCAACCGUUUCAAAUUCAAACCUAUCAUCCUCAGCUGUCUCAAUUCAAACUUUUGAUAAUGCGGGUAUGAAGAAGGGUGCCAGUGUCUUUGCUGCUGUUGUUGCUGGUAUUGCUUUGUUUUAA